AUGGUCAUGCCCAUAGCCAAUACAGGAAUUCAGACUGCGAAGUAUUGCAAUGUGGCCGGUCUAGGAGUUUUGAUUUUUGACUAUUUCUUAACGCUCGAACCUGAGUGUUGCAAGGUUCGAUGGACAUGGAAUGGUCGCUGGAACAUCACUCGUGUUCUUUUCAUAAUUUCACGCUACAUGGCCUUUGUAGCAGCUGGUAUGACUUCAUACGCUGCCAUUGCUACACGAGCGAAUGAGGACGUCACAAUUCACAUUAUCACUAUUGUGGCUGCUGAAGGUCUUUUGAUCAUUCGUACAUAUGUAUUCUGGAAACAGAGCAAAAAGCUCUUGGUAGUGUUACUAGUCUUGGCAGCAAUUUCCAUUGCGUGUGCUGUCAGUAUCGCGGAGGUUGUCAAUAAUGUAGUGGCGCCUGCGGACCCUUCAGACGGCAACCUUGGUUUUAAAGCUCCCCACACAAGUAACUGCACUUUUCAAGCAGGUCGCAGCAGUGCCAUUCAAUACGGCUUUCUUGUAGCCUACGAACUGUGUAAGGAUAUCUCGUCUCCGUCCCAUCUCAGCUCAAUCCUAUCUACAGUGCUGAUGUCUUUAAUGAUGUUCAAGAGAUAUCAAGACUACAGAGAUUCCGACAGUCGUCUAGUGAGAGCUGUCUUCCAGGGCGGAAUGCGUAUGUCCCGUGUUGAAGCGCUCGUGCCAGUUGUUUCUGUGGUCAAUAUAGUGAUCAUGUCCGUGGUUCCAGCAUCAUAUGAUAUGAUGAUGGACGUGCCACAGCUUGUCCUGCACAGUAUGUUGGCAUCCCGUGUGCUCUUUGUUCUGCGUGAAAGUGACCAGGAUGAAUCGGAUGGGGGGACAUUACAGAUGUCGACAUUUCGUCCAGCUCAGCGCAACCAAUACACUUCAUUUGAUUGA